UUCGCCCAUUUGGUACGACGAACUCAUGUCCUUCUUAGUCUCACAAGGGAGACUAGAAAAAAUAGGGGUGGUACUCGAAAGUCUGAAUACCAUGUACGUACACUAAGCCCGGUCAGGGUUGUCGGACUACUAAGUCGCGCACAACCACGCUAUAAGAGACGCAAUUACGCAUGAUCUCUUACGCAUGCAUAUGAUAUGAUAUGCUACAAUAUGUGUGAUUAUAUGAGUCAUUUUAUAUGAACAAUUUGUAAAUAAUAUGAAUGGAUAAAACUUUAUUUUAUUUGGGUGAAAUCUGAUAAAAAUAUCAUUUAAUUCAGCUACAGGGCUCGGAACGAUCGACCGUUUGGCGCGACGGUCGACCUUGAUCUUCAUCAGAUCUUCCAAGUAAGUAUGGCUUCCUUCUUUUGAUGUUCAUACGACGCUAUGGGGAAGAAGAAUAGGACCAAGGAACCUACACCUCCAACUCCUCCGAAGAAGAAGCUUCCGGAGUUGAAUGUGGAUGAUGAGGUCACUUUGGAUACUCUUGAGAACUCGGAUAGUACGUCUAGUGAUGAUAAUCAGUCUGUGAAUGAUAUUAAUGAAGAUGAGAAUGUUGCGGCUGAGGAUGGGAAUGGCACCUCCACUGGUUCUGAUACUCCUUCUGUUGAUGAAGAGGCAGUUGAGAAAGAAUUGGAAAAAAAUAAGAACACCCCCAAGGUGUUUGAGGAAAAGCCUGAGCCAGUUCCGAAGAAAACCUAUGCUGAACUUCUGAAAAACAAUAGGAAAGCUACCCAAGGGAUGCAAUUAUUCAAGGUUGAGCUUAACAGCACUGAAGAGGUGUUUAUUCCUGAUGAAGCAAUCCUUCCAAUUGAACAGUUGUGGGGAUACUGCCUUGUGGGAUGUUUCUCUGGAAAAUUCCCAGGGCUUAAGGCCAUCCAAAAAAUGGUGGAUCAAUGGAGUAUUCCCUGUGAGAUUUUGCCACAUAGAAAAGGAUGGAUUGUACUCAAAUUUUGGAGGGAAGAGCAUAGACAAACAGUUCUUACUAUGAAAGCUGAAGAACUUUCCAUUGGUAACAAGAAAUUGUUACUAAAAAUUCCUGAGAAAGAUUUCAUGUGGAACUGCAAGUCCUUUGCAACCAUGCCUGUCUGGGUUAAACUCUUAGAUGUCCCUAUGGGUUUUUGGUCUCCACUGGGGCUCUCACACAUUGCCUCUUUCCUUGGGACACCUCUGUACUCUGAUGGAGUUACCCACACUGCUGCAUCUGUGUAUGACACCUCAAUGGAACCUAAUCCUGAUGGGGACUACAGGAGGGUUAACUUCUGCAGGGUUAUGAUAGACAUGGAUCUCACGGUUAAGCCUCCUGUGAAUGUCAAGGAAGCUUUCAAGGAACCAGCCCCUACUGUUCCUAAUUCUAAGGACAAGGUGGUAGCUAAUGAGGACAAUGGAAAGAAAUAUUUGGAUGAAGAAGUUCCUGUAGACAAAGUUAAUGUUGAUGAUCCUACACCCUCUUUUGUUGUUAAGGAUCCUAAUGAUGGUGACACUCUUAUGGGAACAGGGUCUGGUAAACUUACCUCUGUCCCCAUCAAAGAAACCCUUCUCAAGGAACCACCAGACAAGGAGGGAAAGGACAAGGCCACUGCCCAGCCUAGAAGCAGUGGAAGAACUGGAGGAAACCAAUACCAUGGCAACAACAGAGGGGGUGGCAACAGAGGGGGGAGAAUGGCCAUUUUCUGGAAUCCUAAUUUUGUUAGAUGUAAUGUGAAGGAUAUUACUGAUCAGUUUAUACAUUGUGAUGUUCAAUGCCUAAUUACACACAAGUCUUUUGCUAUUUCUUUUGUGUAUGCUUUGUAUAAUGUGUCCACCAGGAGAAAUCUUUGGGAUAAUUUGUCAAAGCACUCUGGAGACAGUCCCUGGGCCAUUAUGGGAGAUUUUAACUGUGUGGCUAGCUCUGAAGAGAGACUCAACUACCAUACUCCCACUGCCUAUUCCAUGAUGGAUCUAAUGCAAUUUAAAGUCAAUAAUGACCUCAUUGAUGCCAGAGCAACAGGGCUGAAGUUCACUUGGAACAAAGGGAAGAAAUGGGCCAAACUGGACAGAGUUCUAAUUAACCAUGAAUGGGAAACUAUCAACUGGGAGUGUUGUGCUGAGUUCAGUGAUAUGGUGGUGGAAUCUGACCACUGUCCUGUUCUUUUGGACCUGUUCCAGAAAGUCAUAAAGGGGACCAAACCUUUCAAGUUUUUUAAUAUGUGGCUAAACCAUCAGUCCUUUGACAAUAUCCUUGGAAGUAUUUGGAGCACUAGAGUGGAAGGAACCAGACAAUACAGACUCUGCAAGAAGCUUAAGCUGCUCAAACAACCCCUGAGACAACUUAACAAGCUGGAAUUUGGUCACAUUUCACAAAGGGCUUCAGAAGCUAGAAAGGAAUAUAGCCAUGUCAUGAAGCAACUACUUCAAAAUCCUAAUGAUGAUAUUCUCCUGGCUAGGAGUGAGAUGCUUAGGAAAAAAGCAAGCUUUUUGAUUGAUGCAGAGAGAUCCUUUUAUCAGCAGAAGGUUAAAAGUGAUCUUAUCAUUGAGGGGGAUAAAUGCACUAAGUACUUUCAUGCUAUGAUGAGGAAACAACAUGCUCUCAACUCCAUUCCUUUCAUCACCACUGAACAGGGAGGGGUGACUACUUCUAUGGAUGAGAUUUCAGACCAGUUCAUUGGGUACUACAACAACCUUUUUGGCACCAUAACCGAGGUUGCACCAAUCAGGAGAGAGGUCUUCCAAGAAGGGACUAGGGUUUCUCCAGAGCAGGGACACUUGUUGAUCAGGAGGGUAUCCAUGGCAGAGGUCAAAGAAGCCCUUUUUAGUAUUGGGAAUGAAAAAGCACCUGGUCCUGAUGGUUUUACUGCAGCCUUCUUCAAGAGUAAAUGGAACAUUGUGGGCCAAAGUCUUUGUGAAGCUGUGGAGGAGAGAGAGGUCUUCCAAGAAGGGACUAGGGUUUCUCCAGAGCAGGGACACUUGUUGAUCAGGAGGGUAUCCAUGGCAGAGGUCAAAGAAGCCCUUUUUAGUAUUGGGAAUGAAAAAGCACCUGGUCCUGAUGGUUUUACUGCAGCCUUCUUCAAGAGUAAAUGGAACAUUGUGGGCCAAAGUCUUUGUGAAGCUGUGGAGGAGUUUUUCAGAAGUGGGAGGCUACUCAAACAAAUCAAUCAUGCAACUGUCACCUUGAUACCUAAAGUGAAAGAGAACCCUGGAGUGAAGGAUUUCAGACCCAUAGCUUGCUCAAAUGUUACCUACAAGGUUAUCACUAAAAUCUUGUCCAACAGAAUGAGCCAUAUUCUGCCAGGUAUUAUUGAUAGUGCUCAGGCAGCCUUUGUUGAAGGGAGGAACAUGAUGGAUAAUGUUUUGCUUGCUCAGCAGUUGGUUAGAAGGUAUGCCAGGAAAAGAACUGCUCCUAAGUAUGAUUUGAUGCUGUUUUCAAGAGGAGACAUUGAGUCUGUUACUGUCCUGGCUGAUGCCCUUAACCACUUCUCUCAAGCCUCUGGACUGAGAGUUAAUUCACAGAAAUCAAGCAUUUUUCUAGCUAGAGAAGUUAAGGAUAAUAGACAGGACAUCCUUAACCUGGUCCAAUUUCCUCUUGGAAGACUACCUGUCAGAUACCUUGGUCUACCAUUAACUUCCCAAAGAGCCUCUGAAAGGGACUUUGCACCUCUUAUUGCUAAGGUUGAGGACAAUAUAUGUAAGUGGAACACUAAAACUUUGUCACAGGCUGGGAGAGUAGAGCUGAUCAGAAGUGUAAUCCAAGGGAUCCAGAGUUUUUGGCUUCAGGCUUUCCCUAUCCAUAAGACUGUUCUCAAUAGAAUCACAACUAUCUGCAGAAGCUUCUUGUGGGGCAGUAAGUUUUCUAAGGUUGCUUGGAGUGAUAUCUGUAAACCAAUUGAAGAAGGAGGGCUGGGGUUGAGGAACUCUUACACUUGGAAUCAAGCUUUUCUUAUCAAAAAUCUUUGGAAUAUUGCCUGUGCUAAGGAUACUUUGUGGGUUAAAUGGGUUCAUGCAGUUUACCUUCAAAAUAGGGAGGUGUGGACAUGGACACCUAAGGAGGGGGAUUCACACCUUUUCAAAAAAAUGUCCAUUGCUAGAGACCUUUUUGUGGAUAAGCUUGGGGGUCCUGAUGGGAUUCAUGACAGAUUGCAGAACAUGUGUGAGAAUGGCAAGUUAAAUACCACCACUGUAUAUGAUCUACUCAGAACUAGGAAUCAGCCAAAGCCUUGGAGGAAAUUCAUUUGGCAGACCUAUAUCCCCCCUAGAUUUUCCUUUACCACUUGGCUGAUCCUUAGGAAAAGGCUUCCUACCAAGAGACUUAGGAAUGGGGCAUACUUUGAUCAGAUUGCAGUUGAUGUCCAUUCUACUAUCCAGAAGAUCAAGCUGAGUGUUUAUAAGCUCAUAAGUGGACUCAUAGUUGCUGCCAGGAUUUUGGAUGUUCCGACGAACAACGAUUCCGACGAUUAUCUCAUUAACUUCAAUAUUCUAACGCCGAACCUUCUCUACGAUACCUUCCGGAUGUUCCUAAGAAGUGUUAGAGAGUUUAUGGCUAAUUUUGUACAAUUGAAACAAAUGGCUGAGGAGUCAGGCCUUAAAGUCACGGAUCAGGAGAUUUGGUUUGAGGUAGUUGGUGGCUUUGAUCAAAAGAAUUGGAUUAAGGAAGUCGGAGAUCUUGCCGAUCAAAUGAAACCCCUUAAACCUAUAUAUCAAGGCAAAAGAAAGAGUACUAGUAAUAUUUCAGAGAUUGAGCGCGUGAGAGCGGAGAAUGAGGUCAUGAAGACAAGGUUGGAUAAGAUUGAGUUCACAGUUGCUACACAAAUUCAAAGAAUGUGUGGUGGAAAUCUUCCGACACCUCGAGACCCUGACGAUGGUAUGGGAGGCUCAGGAACUGGUUGUGUGGCAUGAAUAAGUUAUGACCUUUAUGUGUUUUAUUGAAUAUUGUGCUGUGAUUGAAAAUGUAUUUUUUGAAUUGUGUUUUAACGAAUACUCUGUUGUGAUUGACCAUGAAUUGAGAAAAUAUUUGUAUUUUAAUGAAUUUGACAAAUGCUG